AUGGCGCUGUGAGUCUGAGCUCUGAGGAGAAGUUCCUCAGUAUGACCGUCAGCGCAGACGCGCGGGCUGGACCUUCGGCAGGGCUUCAGGCUUGACCUGAGAAACAAAAACUAGAGAAGAAAGAUCCACAGGGAUUAUUCUGAAGACAGCAUGGCGACGGAAUGUAUUAAAAACUGCUGCAGGUUUUUUGUGACCAAGGAGAAAGAGCCGGACCCUCAGAUCAUUAAAGCUCCGGUCCCUGGAAAGGCAGUGAGGGAGAGCGAAUGGAAGAAGAAUGUGGGUGUCUCGGAGGAUUAUCUCCUCUCCAAACUGCCUCCUGAUGGCAAAGAGGUCCCCUUCGUCCUCCCCUCCUUCAGACCGUCUUACAUACAGCCCCGAGGAGCUGCGUACCCCAACUACCAGAGUUCUGCAUGGGCCACGUACAUAGAGAGGAAGGCAGAGCUUGCUGCUGCUGGACAAAUCGUAUAUGACCCCAAUGUUCCUGUUCUCCCGGGUCAUGUGAUCAGUUUUGUGUCGCCGGGGUCCGUGAGACGGCCCAUUCUGAGAGGCACUCUCGGAGGCGGUGCGUCAGCCUGGGAUCAGAAUGGGAAACAGAGACUCAGUGCCUCUAUGUUAGACCUGUCCAGCCCUCACAGCCACAUUCAGCGCUUUGACUCAGUGUCCAGCAUCCAGAGCAGCACGUCCUCCGUACAGGAUUCCUUCGGGAGCAGCCGUAGUCUAGAGUCCAUAACGCUGUCCGGUGACGAGCGGGAGCUGGGGAAAGUGUGUGUGCUGUUGAGCUAUCAGGAGGCGGUGGAGCAGGUGUGGAUCACCGUGGUGCAGUGUAAGGACCUGUGUGUUUGUGCAGAGGGACCAGAGCAGCAGAGGGUCGGGAUUAAAGGGGUCAUCACCAUGGCGAGGCCUGUGCAGUUUAAAACUUCAGUAAAAGACGCAACACCAGACAUGGUGUUUAUGGAGACGUUUGUGUUCUCUCUAAGCCUGGAGCAGUUGCGCAGUUCUGCACUUCUGCUGCGACUGCAGACACACACGCCACGCAAGCGCACACUGGGAGAGUGUGUGUUGUCUCUCAGAGCGCUCAGACCGCAGGAGACCCAACACUGGCUGGACAUCAGACCGCCCUGCAAACCACGCGUUUGUCAUGCUGAGCUCCAGCUGGCUACGUGCUUCCAGCCGGUCAGCAGCCGGAUCCAGCUCCAGAUCCUCAGUGCUCAGAAUCUACCAUCAUCAUCCUCACUCCUCACACAGAGUUUCUUUGUGAAAGUGGAGAUGUUUAGCGAUGGACGCUUCAUACUGAAGAGGAAGACGAAAGUAGUGAGGUCAUCUGGAGGUCAGGUCCAGUGGGGGGAGUCGGUGCUCCUACCAAUCACCAACCAGGACCACAAUUUACAGCUGUCAGUCAAACUGUACAGCCGUGGAUCCAUACGCAGAAAACACCUGCUGGGACAGGUUCUCCUGGGUUUUGAAAGUCCAUCACCCGAGGCCAUGGAACAGUGGAAAGACUCUAUCUCACACCCUGAAAAAAUAGUGACGGCAUGGCACAGGGUCAGACAUUCCUGAGAGAGAAAGAGGAGACAAAGAGAGAGAGAAUGUAGAGAAAGAGAGGUAGAUCGACAGGCAGGUAUACUGUACACAGUGCAUAGGCGAUGAGCAGACUGUAUCCACAUGUGUAAACAUGAACACAGGUAUUGUGAAGUCCUGAAUUUGUAAAGUCCUGCAGCUCUUUCUGCAUUACUGCAUGACAAACCUCAAAACUGCUGCACGGCUGUCACCAAGAGUGCUUGACAAACAUGUUUUUUGUCUUGAUUUGUCUGUUUCGAGGCUUUUCUGGCUUUAUGUUGAAUAGACCACUGUGAAAAACACAAGACUGUGUUCAGAAGCCUCAUUCACUGGCUUUGGUAGGACUCUCAGAGCCUUCUAGGCAUCUAGAGAAGGCCUAAUGAUUUCUGGGAACUAAAAAAAUCUGCAAUUUUCAGUUCUUUUUUAUUCAAUAGAAUCAUCAAGCUUGUUGUAUUUAAACUCUGCAAGUAUUGUAGUUAUGCUCUCAUUUCAUUAAGUUCUAGUUGGAAACAAAAGGGUUCAGUUCUUGCAGCACCCAAGGAAAAACUGUCCAAUCAGGAUUGUUUUCUUUGUGGUGUCUAAGGAGAUCUCCUGUUGGCUAGGACUUCAGGACCUGGACUGACUACCAUCAUAAAUAGGAAGUGACAGAGAAAUCAACCAAUCACGUGUUGUUUUUCUGUGGGUGGGACCCCUUUCAUGAGAAAAAAACGUCCUAGAGCGUAGAACAGCCAAAGAUUUUAGUCUGUACCAGUGUUAGCUUAGUGCUAACAUACUAUUAGAACUCCCAUAGGAGUGCUAGAAAUUAGCAUUAUCAUAGUGGUGUUCUUCAUAGAGGUGUCAUUUUCUGUCAUUUGUGGGACUUUAACACUUUAAAAUCAUACAUAUCAUUUUUUAGUAUAAAAUGAGUGAAAAAAAGUGAACAGGAAUUAAACCUCAGCUGUAGAUUGUGUUUCUUUUAGCUGUAGUUUUUCUCAGAUGCAUUGAAUUUACUUGAAUCAAAUGUCUGCAUCAUUUCCAUUUGAAAAAAAUACAAUAUGUUAACACAAUUAUUGCCUUUAUUGCGUACUUACCUUUGGCAGUAGCUCUAGAAAGAGAGAUUGUGUCCUUAUAUUCCAUGGCCCUCUUGUGAGUCACGGAAAGCUGACACACUUUUAAAAAAGCUUUCAUUUUUAGAAGUUAAACGGAUUGAGUUACGCUCCCGUCUGAAGGAAAUUCAACCUUUCAAUCGGUCACUUUUUUCCACAAACAGCAAGAGAGGCAGGAAGAGCGAGAGAGGGCGAGCAGGACAAAGGAACGUUUGUGUUUGUAAGGUUUUCCAUUGCCGUUCAUUUCCUGUCUGCAUUGCUUUUUCAGUGUGGCUGAAAUGAACUUUAUAUUGAGUUGUGCAUGUUUAUACACUCAUGCAUAUAGAUGUAUAAAGCUGUUACUGUCUUAUUACAUAAGUGGUAUUUUGACAGGUGUUUGAGCUCCAUCUGUUUGGCAGUUGCUAUGACUCUGCGUACAUAAAGGGUGACUUAUCGAAAUCUGGCAACCUGACAUUAGUUAGUUAAGGCCUGGGCUGGAUCCCUAGAUAAGUUUCCAGUUGAGCAGUGCUGUGUGAAACUGAACUGGAGCUCGCUGUAGUUUUUAAGCAUUUGAAUAUGUAUUAUAUGUACUAAUAAUGUAUUAUUCGUUAUGGGAAAUACCCACAUGUAGUGUCUAAUCAAUUAAAGUAAACAUGUCUGUUA